GUCAACUCUAAAUCAAAAUCGAGAAAUAAAUAAACCCAGACACUUGACCCGGCUAUUAAAGUAUUGAGUUUCAGUUUCCCAUCCUAUAAUUUUGUCCAAGGCCGAGUUCGUUGCAAUUCAGAUUAAAAAAAGAACCGAAGUUUUCCAUUCAAACUAAGAAAAACAAACAGCCCACGCCAUUGCCAGGAGUAACAGAGGAAGUUGCAGAAACUAACCGUAGCAAAAAGGAUUCUGGUACAUCCCUGCGACCCCACAUUCUCACAUAGGACAAAUAACACUCUCCAAGCAAUUCUAGUUUCUUGGAUACGCUGUGCUCAAGGCUUAUUGCUUGGACAGAACCAAAAAUUGGAGUCUUGCAGCGUAUAAGAACCGCCGUAGAGCAAUCUUUCAAUCGUAAAUAGUCAUUAUUUGUAAUUGCAUGUUAAAGUACUCAGCAUUUGCAGCAUAGCAACCACAAAGAUUAAAAUGGGAAGAGAUAUUUUCAGACCAUUCGGUCAGUUUCUGAAGGACAAGUUCAAUAUUGGAUGCAGUCAACCAAUAGAAUCUAGGAAUUUUAUACACAAAAGAUGUGAGUAAUCAUAAUAUUUCAUGAUCCACAUAUUCCUGAGACCUUGGACCAAUAAUUGUCGUGGACUUCUAAACAGUAUUGAAUGGCUACAAGGUCAAAACACAAGAGAGUGCUUACAGAUUCUGCAAUUCUAAUACCCAAUUGGGGUUCCCUUUCAUUUCCAAUGUCACCUUCUGGUUCCCCAUUGUUCUCUUGUGCUUCUCCGUUCAAGUGCUCAGGAUCGUCAGCUCAGUUUUCAUGCUCUUCUCCAAGGAAUCCAAUGCCUUUGAAGAAUUCAGAUGAACAAGUAGAAGAGUGGCUAGAAGCUAUGAGAUCCUCUUCACCUCCUCAAGUCAACUACCUAGACACACAAAAGCCAGUUGCAGGGAAUGUACUGAAUAAUGAGUGGCUUGUGAAACAUCCUUCAGCUUUGGAUGUAUUUGAAGACAUUACAAGCAUGGCACAAGGAAAACAACUAGUUGUGUUUUUGGACUAUGAUGGUACACUUUCACCGAUAGUUGAAAAUCCUGAUCAUGCAUAUAUGUCUGAUGAGAUGAGGAAUGCUCUAAGGAAUGUAGCCAAACAAUUUCCUACUGCAAUUAUCACAGGCAGAUGUAGGGACAAGGUAUUUGAGUUUGUGCAACUUCCUGAACUCUAUUAUGCCGGUAGUCAUGGAAUGGAUAUAAUGGGGCCAACAGAAAUUCAUAAUAGCAACAAAGAAGGCGACAAUAUCUAUGAAGAAAUAAAGAUACGGGGAAAGGCUGUUUCUUUUCAACCUGCUAGUGAAUAUCUUCCCUUAAUGGAUGAGGUUUGCAGGGUGCUGAAGGAGAGAGCAAGAUACUACACUGGUGCAAGGGUUGAGCAUAAUAAAUACUGUAUUACCGUACACUUUCGUUGUGUUAAAGAGGAAAUCUGGGGGGAUCUUGCUGAAGAAGUUCGUUCUGUACUUUACGCAUAUCCAGGUCUAAGUAUGACUCAGGGACGCAAGGUUUUAGAACUCCGUCCAUCCAUAGAAUGGGACAAGGGAAGAGCGUUAGAGUUUCUUCUUAAUGCUUUGGGAUUGGAAAAUGCUGAGAACGUUGUUCCACUCUAUAUUGGGGAUGAUCGUACUGAUGAAGAUGCUUUCAAUGUUCUCAAGAACAAGGGUUAUGGAUGUGGCAUCAUUGUGUCAGCUUUUGCCAAAGAAACAAGUGCUCUAUAUUCUCUCAGGAAUCCAUCCGAGGUAAUGGAAUUUUUAAAGCGUCUAGUAAGGUGGAAGCUGGAAGUAGUUGGAGGAUUAAGUGCAUGUACAUGUACAGAUCAAGUGGAAGGAUGACAUAUUCAGGGCACGCCAAUUUACAUGUCAAAGUUUGGCCAAGGAAAUUUGUUCUUUUUGUUUUUUCAGCCUUCAAAUAGUACAUGGAUAAAAUGAGCAUCAUGUUUUGAACCAGUGCUUCUGAAAGUUUCCUUGGGUAAUAAAUGUUUACCAAAAAUGUUGAGAAAAUUGGUUUCUCUAAAUUUAGGCUGUUUAAUGUUCUCUUCGACUUCUAUUUCAAUCAACUUAUGUAAAAGUAGAUUCAAAAUUCUUGUUUCUUAUUUUGUCCAUACCACACCUCUCCACACUCUGUUGGCCUUUCUAUCUGUGAGACUUUUGUUGUCUAAUCUGUUCACUCUUCCUGCUAUCCAUUAUUUUGUGGUAAUGACAAGCUUGAAUUCAGAUAUAAAUGUUUUACAACCACAAUGAAAUUAUUUAAUUCAAUUGAUUCUCUUUUUUUUAAAGAAUUGAACUUGUUAUGUCCUCAAGAGCACAAUUUUUAACAUUAUCCUGUUAAACAAAUCCACUUUUUUUGUUUUGCCCUUUGCUUCAUCUUAUAUCAUCUUUAUGUCCCAACUAAAGCUCUUUGGUAGGUUCUGUAGUUACCUGCCCACUUUGUCUAUCUUAUUAUUUGGUACUGCUUUCUCCCGCACACUUCUGUCACCUCUGAUCUAUUGAUUAGUGUUUCUAUCGUCUGAUGUGUUUUUCAAAUCACGAUGUAUACUUCAAUUCACCCUUUCCCCAAUGGCAUAGCUUUGUCACUUAAUUUUCAACAGAAUGGAAAUGCAAGGAUCUUUCUCUAUACGAAAAAUUGUGAAGUAUCCUACUGGAAUUAUCAACUGAAUAAAGUUCUUAUUAAAAGAAAGUAACUCAGGUAAUACACUCUACUGAGAUUUCCUUGUUUUGUAAUCAUGCAUAUUACAUUCUUCUAAUUUUCCUUAGUUAUGUCGUUAUUUACAGUGUUUUGCUCUGGUUUAGUUUUGUGUAGUAUGAACAGCUGCCACAUCAUCUUGUGUAAUAAACAAGUGUCUUUAGGUGUCAUACUUGCAUGUGAAAUUAUGUGACAAAUUUCAACAAGAAACAGUUCCGUUCAUGACCAACAUUUUGCCCAAAGGAUCAAUUUAGAUAACUUCUGAUUUUCUUCUAUAACCGUCCUAAUGCUGCUUUUUCCUGGAUGCCAUUUUGGCAUUCAAGAGAUUGUGAGCAUUAGAUCAUUAGUCUUGAUCCUUAAGUCAUAACAUUUUAGUAGCCAGCUACAGGAAAUUCAGUGGUACUCGGAACACCUAACUCGAUAUAUUGUGAUAUUAACGUAUUUUGAAUGCUGGUUGGUUAUUUCUCAAUAUGUGUAAUUUUUUAAUGAAUUGAGUUUCUUAUUGAAGAAUUUUACCUCGCAGGGGAAGCUCCACAGAAAACAAAGAAGCUGUUGUGAAGACGAAAAAAUUUCAAGCUUGGAUUGGGAUCCAUGUGAAGUCAUGUUUAUUUGGAUACUGCAAAACAGAAGUAAGCCAUGCUUGAAGAAUAUGGUGUGGCAGAUGGUCUAAUCUUUCCGAUGUACUCUGUUCUCUUCCCCGUAAACAAAUAAUGGUUAAACAGAUACAAAAAAAUGUAGGUAAAGUAAAGUCCAAGCGUAACAUAGAGGGCUUGCCAUUGAUAAUGAACAUAGUUAAAAUUAAUGCAUUAUUCUCUAUGAUAAAAGUAAUCUAGUUUGCUGAAAAUUGUUCUUUAAUCUAGAUGUGGAAGCACAUUAAUGCAAGAUUUUCUUAUAAAUGAGCAUUGAACGCUAUUAGCUGACAA